UUCUUCCUCUUUCUCUUUUUCUCUCCUCCACGCGCCCUGCUUCCUGCUCUCUCACUGCUUCUCUCUCUUGUUCACAUCUCGUUCAAACAGUUCUUCGUCUAUCUUAUAGUAAGUACCUGCUCUUCCUUUCCUACUCUACCCGGCCUCAUGCCGUGCGCUCUUCUGAUCGUCGCGAUCGCCUACCUGCCUCUGUCCUUAACGCGUCUUGCUUCCAUGCAUCUCGCAAAAGACACCGGCCUGCCCCAUGACGAAACUUUACUGGAUACUUUUAUAUAUAAAUGAUUAUUACAUGAUUUUAUUUUCCGUAAAGAAUAUCGCUAGAUAGUAUCUGAGGGCACUGACAUCGCUCUGCGACUUGGAUCUCGUCGAGCGCUGGCAUAUAGCGCGAUUGGUUGCUAACACGAGCUAUAGUCACACAAUGCUGGAAGGUAAACUAGAGCAGGCUUCUCUUUUCAAGAAGCUCGUCGACGCCGCGAAGGAGCUGGUCCAGGACUGCAACUUUGAUUGCUCCGAGACCGGCAUCGCUCUCGAGGCCAUGGACACUUCGCACGUUUCGCUUAUUUCUCUUGAGCUGAACGCCGAUGGUUUCUCUGAAUACCGAUGCGAUCGUAACAUCACUCUCGGCCUCAACCUGACAUCGCUUACCAAGAUCUUGCGAUGCGGUAACAACGAGGAUAUGCUGACUCUCGAGGCUCAGGAGAAGCCUGACUCGCUCAUCAUCAGAUUUGAGAACACUCAGCAGGACCGCAUGUCUGAGUACGCUCUCAAGCUGAUGGACAUUGACCAGGAGCACCUUGGAAUCCCCGAGACUGAGUACGCUGCCACCGUCACCAUGCCCUCGACCGAGUUCCAGAGAAUCUGCAGAGAUAUGUACGCCAUCUCCGAGAGCAUCACUAUCGAGUGCACAAAAGCCGGCGUCAAGUUCUCGUGCGAGGGAGACAUCGGCAACGGCAGCGUGACCCUUAAGCCCUCGGCCUCGGCCGACAAGCCCGAGCACGCGACCAAGAUCGAGCUGUCGGAGCCCGUCAGCCUGACUUUGUCGACCAAGUACCUGCUCAACUUUUGCAAAGCCACCGGUCUCUCUGACACCGUCACUCUCAAGAUGGCCGACGAGAACCCGGUCCUGGUCGAGUACCCUCUGUCGAGCGGACAUCUGCGGUUCUACCUCGCCCCGAAGCUCGAUGAUUAAAUAGUAUACAGAGUGUGCGUUAAGAUGGGAUUUUAGGUGUUUAUGCGCGGUUAUUUAGUUUUACUUUCUCUUAUGUCGUUCCGUUUAGUAUGCUGAAUGUAAUUAUAUCGUUAUCAUGAU